CGGGAAUCGUACUCGGGUCACCGGGUCCGUAGCGCAGCAUGCUUACCACUACACUACCGCUCCCCAACCACCACCACCGCACACACACACACGCCAUGUGCUGAUUGCGCGAUGUUGGCUUUUCAUGCGCGGAAAUUCAUGCGGAGAAGCGAAUUUAUUGUUACAAAAAAAGGAAAGCGGCGUUGGUGGACGGCAUCACUCCGGGGGUGGGGGGACGGCAGCUGCGUGCAAGCCACAUCCCAAGGACCCCUAAAUAAAUUAAACCCGUUUUUUUAUUUCCAUUCGAGAGCCCGUUGGGAGAUCGUUUCUGUUUAACGAGAGAGACCUGCAUCCAGUAAAUGCCAGCCUUUUGUUUACGACAAGCUGAAAAAGCCCAUUAUUAACAGUCAGGACAACUUAGCUUGCCAGAAUUCUGUAGGAUGAUGACGCACAGGUAAUGAGUUCAAGUCCCGGUCAAUGUCAGCUUGGCCCCAUGAAUUGUUUUACUGAGAUCCAGCGGUGGAUUAAUCAAUCGUAAGUUAUCAAGUUGCUUGUUUUAAGGAAUCUACACUAAAUUAACUGGUUCUGUAAGAAUAAUAACUGUUUUUCUUUCACUUGUCAUUUGGAGGAAAGAAAGAUGUUGACAUUUUGACUCCCUGGCUUUCUUCAGGAAGUAUUAAGGUUUGGGGGAGUGAGUCAAAUAGUCCAUGCUUGGUAUGUGGCUUUAGAUAGCAUGUGCAUACGCUUUUUAUCUGGCCUAAGUAUAAUUACAAAAUGCAUUUCGUGGAGCCAUGAAGCCUAUCAGAGUCGUAACUUGUAUCAGGAGUGUCGUGUAUUCGGAAAUUUGCCAAAUUCCAUUGUGGGAGGAAACCAACACUUUUUUUGCACGAUGGGAUAACUCUCUUAAACUGCACACUGAUAGAUUUAAGAAUCCAUUGCUGGUCAACCAUUUAAUGACCACCUCAGCUCAAACGUACAACACUUGGUAUGCACAGGCAUUCUCACAUUAAGUACUCACCAGAUUAAACCUUAUUCUUGCGAGACCCAAUGAUAUUUGGCGCAUUCGUUGUUAUUUGGUUGUAGGAUUGCGAAUGCCUGGUUGUGUGUGUGUUAAAAAUGGAUCUUCAGUCUGCAGGGAUGUAGACAAAAACGAUGGAUAAUAGCUGCUCACCUCUGAACUAUAAAUGCUCUGAUAAGUGGCAUUGGCUUUGUACUGUUCACUUUUUGGCCUUCUCUGGUCUGGCACUGGUGGUGAUACUAGGCCAUAAAGAUGGCCGUCUCUGGUGUAGGCCAAUCAAUUUCAAAGACAAUACGUUUAUAUUAUCAGAGCAUGUUUUGUGUGCAUGUACACCACAGGUACGUGUGGUGAAUGCAGACUUGAUUCCUUGCAAAAGGUUUAUAUUUGGUGUUCCAAUAUUUUAACACAGCUGUUUUAUUGCCAGAAAGAGUAAAACAGUCUUACUUAUUUUGCAACAACAAUAGACUUGGCAGGAGUGGGGUGGGUUUGGCCCUGUGGUUAAGAGGUGGGCUCCACUGUCUGGCUUCGAUCUGACAAACUACAGAAGUGAGUAAGGUGUUUCUCAAUGUUACACUGAACGUGUUUGUGUGACUUCCGCCCCCGCCCCCCCCUCCGAGUGUGCGUUUCUUUGAAGAAUCCCUCGCUCACCUUUUCGGUCUCACACACCACCCUCCCCAUCUUCUCGUCGCUGCUGCUCAAAGUCGACCGAGCGUUGAGGACCUCCACGCGUGGAGAGCGCGACGUGGAGCGAAACGGUUGGCGGAACAGAUAUUUUAGCGAGCAGGAGCAGGCGCCCAGCCAUGGAGGAGAAAGGCCCACGCGUGGCCGACUACUUCGUGGUGGCCGGCCUGACGGAGGAGUCCAAGCCCCUGGAAGAGGACAUGGCGUUCGCCGAGGGGCGGCAGAAGGCGGUGCGGCGGCGCGACCCCAUCACGGACGUGGCGGUGGUGUGCCGCUCGCAGGGCGAGGAGCCGCCACAGGGCUACACGUGCAUCGAAGCGACCCCGACGAACCUGGAUGCCGACCUCAACCACGGCAGCCUCAGCAGCCCCCAGCUCUACCUGUGCUAUCGGCGUGGCCGCGACAAGCCGCCGCUCACCGAUCUGGGGGUUCUAUACGAGUGGAAGGAGCGCUUGAUGCAGGGCUGCGAGACGAUCCGCACUACGCCGUACGGCCGCCCGGCCAACGUGAACAACAGCGCGCAGCACAUCUACGUGACGUACCGGCGCGCGCACGAGUCCGCCAGCCAGAACGCGCUCGCCGUCACCGACAUCUGCAUCAUUGUCGCCAGCAAGGGCGAGACGCCGCCGCACACCUUCUGCAAGGUCAACAAGAACCUCAACUCCGGCAUGUGGGGUGCCUCUGUGUUCCUGUGCUACAAGAAGUCUGUGGUUCGAGCCAACUCCAUCGCAUACAAAGCCGGCCAGCUGAGCCGUUACCCGACCGAGGACUACGAAACGUUCCCUCUGCCCGAGCCCGUCCCCAUGUUUUGCCUGCCCAUGGGCGCCGUCAUCGAGUGCUGGCCGCCCAAGACCAAGUGCCCUGCGCCCAUCUUCUCCACGUUCAUCCUCACCAGCGUCUCUGGGGACAAGGUGUACGGGGCGGCGGUGCAGUUCUACGAGCCCUAUCCCGCGGAGCGGCUCAGCGAGAAGCAGGGCGUGCAGCUGGGCCUGCGCAGCAAAGUCGACCGACGGCCGCUGCCGGGCCCGCCGUUCUCUGUCAACGCCAACAAGUGCAUCUGCUUGCUGUCGCGUUGGCCGUUCUUCGACGCCUUCCGCAAGUUCCUGCUCUUCGUCUACCGGCUGUCGUUCUCCGGGCCGCACGCGCUGCCCAUUGAGAAGCACAUCUCCCAUUUCAUGUUCCACGUGCCCUUCCCUUCUUCCCAACGGCCACGCAUCCUUGUCCAGCUCUCUAUGCAGGACUCCCUGGUGCUGUCCCAGCCCAUCGCCUCACCUCUACCUCUCAGUGGCGCGUCGUUCUGCACGCUGCUCCAGAACCUGGGGCCUGAGAACGCGGCAACGCUGCUCCUGUUCGCCCUCACGGAGAACAAGAUCCUCAUCCACUCGCUGCGACCCGCCGUGCUCACCAGCGCCGCCGAGGCCCUCAACGCGAUGAUCUUCCCGUUCCACUGGCAGUGCCCCUACAUCCCGCUGUGCCCGCUGUCGCUCGCCGACAUGCUGAGCGCGCCAUGCCCCUUCAUCGUGGGCGUCGACUCGCGAUACUUUGACCUCUACGAGCCCCCGCCCGACGUCGUGAGCGUCGACCUCGACACCAACACGAUCUCGCAGACGGAGGAGAGGAAGUCUCUGAACUGGCGGCUGCUGCCCAAGAAACCGUGCAAGAACCUGAUGAACACCCUCACCAACCUCCACCAGCAGAUCGUGGCGAUGAACCACCGCAGCAUGGAGGACCCCGUGCUCGAGUCCGGCAUCUUCGACCUGGACUUCAAGCGCCGCGCACGACAGCAGCAGCUGGAGAUGGAGAUCCAGGAGGCGUUCCUGCGCUUCAUGGCCUCCAUCCUCAAGGGCUACCGCACGUACCUGCGCCCCAUCACACAGGCGCCAUCCGAGAAGGCCACGGACGCGCGCUCGCUCUUCGACCUGCAAGGCUUCCUGAAGAGCCGCGACCGAGCGUACAACAAGUUCUACUCGCAGAUGAUGCGCACGCAGAUGUUCAUCCGCUUCAUCGAGGAGUGCUCCUUCGUGACCGACAAGGACGCCAGCCUCGCCUUCUUCGACGACUGCGUGGAGAAGCUGUUCACCAGCGAUAAGGGAGCGGAGAGGGACUUCAUGGUGGACGUGGAGAAGGCCGACGACGUGCGACUCAUCGAGCUGGACGAGUCUUAUCGCAGCGAGCACACCGUGUUCAUCACUCCUCCAGAGCCGCCCGCCGGCCCGGGGCCCGACACGCUCAAGCCCGCGUACAAGUACUCGGGUUUCCCGGUGCUUAAUCGCUCGCUGUUCGAGAUGCCCCUGGGGCUUUUGAAAGUCCCUCAGGGCUGCACCAAGAACAGCUGCCCCAACAGCCCCGCCCCAGCGCUCGCUCGCCGUACCAAGCAGGAGAUCAAGUCGGCGCAGAAGCAAGCACGCAAGUGUUCGGCGAUGCCGCAGAUGUGGGCCAAGUGCCUCCUGGGCCACUGCUACAGCCUGUGGUUCAUCUGCCUGCCGUCGUACGUGCGCGUCACGCACCCCAAGAGCCGCGCGCUGCGCACCGCCUACGAUGUGCUGCUGCGCAUGCAGGCGCACAAGCUGGAGCCGCCCGACGAGGUGUGCUAUCGCGUGCUGAUGCAGCUGUGCGGCCUGUACGGACACCCGGUACUCGCCGUCAAGGUGCUCUUUGAGAUGAAGAAAAUGGGCGUGCAGCCCAACGCCAUCACCUACGGCUUCUACAACAAGGCCGUCCUCGAGAGCACGUGGCCCUCCGGAAACCGGGGCGGCUACUUCCUGUGGACGAAGGUCCGGAAUGUGUUGCACGGCGUGGUGCAGUUCCGGCAGACGCUGCGCAAACGCCUCCCGUCAACCGCAGACGGCAGUGACGCUGGCAGCCACGGGAGCCUGGAGAGCGGCGCGGACGCGCACGGCUCGGAGCACGUGCCCUCCACCAACGAGCUCGCGCACGUGGGCUCAGCCGAGGAUGUGAGCAGCACAGGAGGCCAUUCGGACCAGGGCUACAACUCGCUGUCCAAGGAGGACGCGCAGAAGGGCGAGGCGCUGCUCUCCAUGGCGAGCCGCCUCUCGGGCGCGGCGCCGGGCGGCCUGCGGACGGGCGAAGUCCUCCGCGAGAGUGACAGUAGCUCAAUGUCGGACGGAGACAGCCGGCAAGGCAGCCGGGACCAGCUGCCACAGGCGGACGCAAGCGAUGGCACGGAUGCUGCCGGCGACCACGCCGACCUCGAGCACAAGCGGCCCAGCUUCCACUCGGUGCGAAGCAUCGUCAAGAUGUCGUGCGGCAGCUUCGACAACUCGGGCAGCAUGGGUGACGUGAUGGGUGGCGCCGGCAGCACGGCGGGGCUGCUGUUCACGAGCCAGGGCUCGUACGACGAGCCCUCCUUCCUGGACGGCCCGCUGCCUGCCAGCGCGGGAAGCGGCGGGGGCGGCGGCGGAAGCGGCGGCGGAAGCGGGAAGGCCUCGGCAGGCCGGCGGCGCCAACGAAGCGUCCACGACGGGACGGCGCCGCCCCCCCUCCAGCGGCAGCGGACGCUCGCCGAGCGGAGCUGCGUGCUGGGCGGGCGGCCCGGCCUGGACGAUGCGAUGCCCGCGGGCUUCAUGGGCGCCGACGAGAGGAUCCUCACGGCCGCGAUGCGAGCCGAAGGCCGGGUCGACGGCGGUGGCGCCGGGGUGGAGGCGAACGCCGCAGCCAGCACGGACAACUUGGGCUCACAGCACUUCACCACCGAGAAACAACCAAGGCCCCACUUGGAGAAGUCCGACUCGGCUGACAUAUUCAGCCUCGACGACCUGGACUCGGAGCCCGUGAAGGUCGUCGGCCCCUCCAAGUCACAACAGGGCACAAAGACAUCCCCCCCGCCCCCUCCUCUACCGCAGGCGCUUUCUCCGCAGAAGCCACAAGCCAGGGUCAGCUCCGCUCCACUGUUGUUGACCAAGGAUGCCGGCGGCGGCGACUGCGUCGACGACCUGGAAGCGAAACCGGGGUCGUUGCUACCGGUUAGCACUCGGCCGGCCGAACGGAAGAGCGUGGUGGCGGGCUUCGACCCGCUGUCCCUGCUGGUGGCCGAGACGGAGGACGUGAAGUCUCUGGACAGCUCCGGCUCCGUGCAGUCCCUCGUCCCGUCGGUCCCGCGCAACCUCGCGGAGGAGAUCGAGACGUACAUGACGUCGACGGCCGAGGUCGGCCGCUCGCCCAGCGUGGAGCCGAAGCGCGGCGUGAGGGCGACGCGUUUGGAGCGCCGCUUGAGUCUCCCGUCGCGAUCCCCGCAGCGUGGCGUGCCACGGUCGCUCACCUUCCCCAACCCGCAGCCCGAAGCGGAGCCCAACACAGACCGGGCGCUCGUGAGCCAGAGCUGGGCGAGCUCCCAGCUGCUGACGGGGCCGCGUAUGGACGUGCUCAAGAGCAGCGUGAAGCUGGCGGCCACGGGCGUGGUGGGCGUCGCCAGCAAGUGGUACAACAAGCUGGCGUCCAGCUACAGCGAGCACGGCGUGGAUCCGGCGACGGGUCUGCCUCACUCGGAGGCGAGCCCAAGCGACUACGGCGCAGCAGAGAAUGAGCGCCGGGUGGACGUUGGCUUUGGGAUGGCGGCAGCCCCACGCCCGUGGGGGGGGACCCCUGGCCUGGCGACGACGCUCGCUGGGGAGGAGCACGGCUCGCCCGACGAGAUGCCCGGAGCCGUCGCUGCCUCCAGCUUCCACAUCGACAGCUUACCGGUGGCCGGCACGGGUGGCGCGGCACAGAGGCGAGCCGAAUCGCCUUCCGCACGCCACAACAACAGCAGCAGCAGCAGCAGCAACAUCUUCCAAAACUUCGCCAUGGAGGUCCUCAUCUCGAGCUGCUCGCGCUGCCGGGCAUGCGAGUCGCUCGUGUACGACGAGGAGGUGAUGGCCGGUUGGAUGGCCGACGACUCGAACCUCAAUACCACGUGUCCGUUCUGCGGCUCCACGUUCGUGCCCUUCCUCAACAUCGAGAUCCGGGACAUGCGCGGGCCCGGCAGGAAUUGUCUGAAGCCGUCGUCAUCGAUGGAGAGCGUGCAGGGCGUCGGCACGGCAGGCUUCCACGAGGCGCCACUCUCGCACGGGAGGCCACCCCCCCGUGCCGCUGUGGCCACGGCGAUCGAUCCGCUCAUCACGCUCACCGUGACUCCCUCGCAGGACAGCAGCCCUGCCCCCGAGCACGGCAAGGCGCCAGCAAGGAGGGUGGAGUCGGUGCCGCUCAGCGUCCCCAUCCCGCGCAGCGCCAGCGCCCGCACUCCGCUCGCCGACAUCACGGGGCCCGGCUUGCGGGCGCCGCUCGGCACCUCCACCAUGACCGGCAGCCUGCCCAACAACCUCAACGGCUCGCUGGAGUGCCUGAGCAUAGAGGGUCGCGCCAGCAACCCCGAGCCCGUGUCGGUGCCCUACCUGAGCCCGCUGGUGUUGCGCAAGGAGCUCGAGUCGCUGCUGGAGAACGAGGGCGAGCAGGUGGUGAGCUCGCCACCCUUCGUCGACCAGCACCCCAUCCUCUUCUGGAACCUCGUGUGGUAUUUCCGCCGCCUGGGCCUGCCCAGCAGCCUGCCCGGCCUUGUGCUCGCCUCGGAGCACUGCAACCGGGGCACGCAGGUGCCCCGCAAGCUGCUAUCGCAGGACAGCAAGCUGGUGCUGGUACAGAUGCUGUGGGACAACCUGAAGCUGCACCAGGAUCCCGGGCAGCCCAUGUACAUCCACUGGAACGCGCAGAGUCUAAACUGUACGCUAAUGUCUGAACGUGAACAGUCGUCGCUGGUGCACGCGCUGGUGACGGACGAGCAGCAGCUGCCGCGCGGCACCCUGCAGAGCAUCGUGACGAGCAUCCAGCACAACGACCUGUACCGCCCGCUCUCGCACGUGCUCGAGAUGCAAGCCAAGCACCCUGCUCACCGCCGCCAUCGCCACCGGAGCCUCUACCGGGAAAUCCUGUUCCUGUCCAUGGUGUCACUGGGCAGAGAUAAUGUCGACAUUGACGCGUUUGACCGCGAGUACAAGCGCGCGUACGAUCGCCUGGAGCCGCACCAGGUGAAGCUGACGCACAACUGCGACCGGCCGCCCAGCGCCCGCGUCUCCAUGUGCCGCAGGACCAUCGGGGAGCCGCACCUGUGAGGAGCUCGGCAGAGACGGCGCCGACAGCACAGCACCGACGGCACGCACCGUGGGGAAAAAGGGAGCGUUUUUUUUUGGCCGUGGAAGAGUUGCAUUUUUAAACGCCGCGUUUUCAGUCUCAUUCGGCGAGCGUCGCGAAACGCCGAGCCAAGACGGGCCAACCGCCACGAAGAAUCGAGCACCGAUGGCCUCGACUCGGGUUUUCUUGCCGGUACCUGUUUGAGCAAUAGAAGAGAGAAGACUGUGCGGGUGCAGGACAGUGGAGCGGCUGACGCGCUUGUUCGGCGAUUUUGUUUUCGAGAUUUAGUUAUUUUUUUUCCAGUCAAGUUUUCAGGCACUGAUCAAACGGCCGCCCGUGAAGAGUUGCCCUCUCGGCACCUGCGCGUGGAAUGAAACGAUGACUCCGUUGGAAGCCCUUGCCAACACUCGCAGCGGGAAUUAGUGGUGAAUAAAACACACAGAGCGCUGAGAAAACGACCUUCCCUUCUGGAUCGCUGAUCUGUAAAAAGACUCACUCGGUGCGUCGGGGGGGGCGGGGGGAAAUAUUUACGGCGUCUCUGUUAUCGCCAUGUCCAGCACCAUGGCAGGAUAAUCAAUGCGGGUGUGCGACUUUCAAUUUGGUUUGUAAAUCUCACUUCACUGCAUAUGUGUUCGCGGUCGCACACGGCCGCCCCAUGCACUUGAGGAGGCCUGGUGGAGUUGUAGGGGGGUCACCAAGAGACCCCACCGAGACCUCGGGACUCCCAUGAAGGACACGCGGCCCUCUAUUCAAACGAAGGAAAUUCGCGGACCAUCAGAACCCCCCCUCCCCACCUCCACCUGCUUGUUGAACACGGCUGUACCUUGUUAUACACUGUGAUGGGACAUGCCCAAGGACUUUCAGUCGUCGGCGUGUCGGACGUUCGGGGACGGCGAGGGCGCUUGGGGUGCUUGUACUAAUUAGUUUUAUCGUGAACGGUACUCUUAGAGAAUGUAUCUACGGCAUUAUGCACACAUUACACUGGAGGUGGUGAGCGUCGUUCCCGUGAGCGUGUUCGCGUUUCCGUCGGUCCCCAUUUCUUUGCGGUACGUUCCACGGGGACGGCGAUUUGCGUGAAACCGUGUACCCUAACCCUGAACCCCCCCCCCCCGGCGCUCGCUACAGAGUCCCGUUUGCGUCUCGGCUGCCCGGUCGCUCCGCACGAGAGCUUGCCACUUGCCCAACCGUCCGUGAAUACCUCCUGCUUAAGAGAAUUUGGGUUGGGGGCGCGGAGUUGGGUUGAAGGAUCGCACGGUGAUGUGAAGGAACGCUCGAUCGGACGCACGCGAGUUGUCGUACGCGAGGCUACACCCCGCGUGUGCCUUCCCACCCCGCUCACCUUGCGAUGACUGUCCCUGCCUUCGACCCAUCCUGGGCUCUAGGCUAGGACUCCUAUCAUGGGGGGGGAGGGGGGGGAGACGUCUCCUUCCCUGGUUAUUAUUAGUCAGGUGCUGAUGAAUGGCACACAUGGAGUGUAGAAUCCAGUCCUGGCCAGGACUGUUGCCGACGCUUGCCACUGCUGUAGAUCUCGCGAAGAGCUGAGCCUCUUGGCCAUUGUGAACUUGAUAUCGGAGGUAAUCUGAACCCACUCGCGAUUCAUGGUCACAAUCGGAUCGAAAGAAAACUGAUCUUUUUUUUUAAACAAACAUUGUGGUGAAUGUAGCAGCCUGCGUUGGGUGGAGGGGACACGUGAAGCCAUUGCAACGUGCGCACAUCGGGAGAACACCAAAUCGCGCGCAUAUAGGCGAUUCAUCGCGCGUCUUGAAAACCGAUAUCAACCCCGAGAAUGGUUACACCCCGACUGCUCGCAGUCCAGCCGGUAUCGUGAACGAAAAGCGUUUAUAAGCAUUUUCAGAAAUACAACUACGUGUAAUGAGUUCGUUCGCUUAGGCUUCAUCGAUUUGGACUGUAGCUGAGCCGCAGUCAUUGGCUGCCUGUUUCUCGCCAAAUACUAAUAACGGUUGCUUUGUCUUUUUUUAGCAAUUGAGCGAGUCGUGCGAGUCGUGGGAGUUCAUCCGCUCUGUGCGUGUUGUGAUAUGACGCUCGCAUCGGGUCUUUUUUUUCUCUCUCUCUCUCUCUCGGGGUUGUCUUUUUCAUCGUCGCCCCAAACCUCGUAAUAAUAUCGACGCGUCCUCUUUGCUUUUCGUCAACUGGAAGUUGAAGUAACUUGACGCGAGUCUGUUACCGAUUCGAGAGAAGUGCCGCGCGUGAACACAAAAAUGCGUCGGGUCGAUGUUGUUUGCCGUUAAGGUAAAUAUCGCUGGAUCGGAAGACGAGUUGGUCAUACUCUUGAGAAGAACGCAUUUACUUCCCCCCCCCCCCACAGCUGUAGUUGAACAUUCCAUGAUUUGCAGUUAAAUGAGCCCCGUGCUGUUCACUUUAUAAUUUUCGCUGUUUUAUAAACAAGCCGCAUUACACUGUCGUGAUAACAAAAAAUAAACCCAAUGUUUUUAAUAUAGAUUACAGUUCCUUCCCCACUGUUUCGCUUUAAACGUACGAAUGUAUAUUUCAGAGCCUUUUUUUUGGGGGGGGGGGGGGGUUUGGUUUGUCUCUGGUCACUUAAAUUUCAUGCUGUUUUGGAUGAUAUUAGAUGUUUACACGAUUUGAAACGUACCCUAACUCGCUGCAAUAAUGGUUUGUGGGCUCUUCUUGCCGACGUAUCACAGAGCACUUGUAACGUUUGUAUCGACGAGAAUAAUUUCCUCUUUGAGAGCAUUAGCAAACCAAGCAAUGUUGACCGCUUCGUUCCGACGUGUUCCGUAUCGAUGUGUUUUAUUAUCGAAUCCGCUUAGAAACAAAACGAUUGAUCUGUUGUGUACAGAAUCCUUGAGUGAGGUACGAUUGUAUUAUGAUGCUUUAUAAGUCCAAAGUUUAUUUUAUUGUAUACUUAAGGUGAAUUGCCCAUGUAUAGUCCGAAACUUAACCACUGUAUUUAGUUUUUUUUUAUUAGAAUUGGCAUCGUAGCUGAAGGGUUGACGCACCCCAUUGCAGCAACUCCCAGCUCCUCACUGCUGUGUUGUUGGGGGGGAUGUGAAAUUCUAAAGGUGGGGGGGGGGGUGUCCCACGUUAUAGUUUGACCUCCAGAGGAAUGCCUUAAGCACCUCAAAUAAUCUGUAAUCUGUCGAAACUGCUCUCUGAGAGAACCUCGCCAUCCACAAUGUGGCACCCACAGAUUUGAAAUCCAUGUAACCUUGGACACACGAGCCGUAGAGACAGCGGUUUCUGGUAAGACAUCUCGUCUGCAUAAUAUCCCGCGUGUUCCUGAUACCAGUCGUAGGGAGCGGCAGUGUAGCGGUUGGCGCGCUGCGCUACGAACCAUGCUACCUGGGUUCAAUUCCCAGCCACAGUUGACCUCAGUGGCGAGUGAUACCUGAACCUGUCCCUGGGCCUCCCCAAAGUUUACUAGGCCUUUAAAUUAGUUCCUGGCUCUGUAUUUCUAUCGGCACUGGGGAGGUGAAGGUGUGUGGUGCUGGCCUUCAUAGGUGCUCGCUAACAUCACUUGACCCAAACAGUCUUUGUGGGCCACUUGGGAGAUAUUUGUCUAUGAUACGAGUUUGAAGUUGUAUGAAUAAGAAGAAAAAACACGUUACACUUAUGGACAGGAACUCGGCCGUAGGCACGAGUGAUGUUACUCUACUGUGUUAAAACAUAUCGGAGUGAUAUCACCAGCUGGUCAAUGUGCCCCAAAGAUUGAAGUGAUAUCUUUUUUGGGAACACAUUUUUUUUAAUGUAUUCAUUUGCACACCAUGAUGGCAGUCAUCUCAUGCCUCCCAUACAAUAUUAAUCAGCGCAAUAAUAUCGGUCCACAGGGCGUUGGUGAUGUGCUUGACUACAACUUUCAAGUAUUUUUUUCCCCUCAUUGACGAAGUUUCAAACUCUAUCGAACAGCCUGGGACAGAGCCGAGGUACACAUCAUAAAAAAAGCUUCGUGGUUUUUUUGAUGACAUCUUUAAGACACCACCACAAUGUCACAAAUAUUGGCUGCCCGUUACCGUUUUUUUGCCCAUUUGAACUGGGACAUCUACGGCCAGCGAAGCCGCUUUUAUAAACCGACGAGGCAUCUGUCCACGCAGCAGACAUUGCGUCCCUGCCACGUGGCACUGGUUGUCUGUUGUCAAUUCGUGGCGAGGGGGGAGGCGUAUGCAGUUCGAUCCCCUCGACUGAGAAUCGAACUGAUGAUUUAAAUUUCUUGUAGUGCAAAUACUCCAUCUGUCGAGCUUGCCCCUCCGAUGAUGACGAAAAUUAUGAUCGCGGCGAUAAUGAUGGUGGGUUGUGUGAGGUGAUGGGAGCGUGAGUUUAAUAAUGCUCCUAUGAACUCAAAAUGUGUGCGACUGGUUUUUAAUAUUAUUACUGGAUGGGAUUAUGGAGGUCAGACGCACAGAAUGACCAUCUGCUGCUGCUGCAGCAGCCUACGCGUUGACGUGGGUGCAAGUUGGUGAAGACCUGGGUCCUGCUCUAUACUUUAUUAAAGAUUUGGAAUGUUCACUGUUCGGGGCGGUUUUGUUUUGCACGCGUAGAAACGUUUGUGAACUCUUUGGCAUAUCCAGUGCGUGGGCGCACCGAUGAUGCAUAUGCAAAUAAAAUUAGACGUGAAUUGAA